CCGGUCGUGUUCUUACGGUCUCGAUUCAAACAACACCAACUUGGAGAAUCACAGCCAUCAACAGCCGAAUAAUUCUCCCACAAUUCAUCGUUGUUCCAUCCCAGCUGAUUAUCAGCUUGACUUGAACAUCCAGCAAAAGCCCAGCAAACGCCAAGAUGGUUUUCACCUUUCCCUCCGACUUCGCCACGAGCGACCCAAACUUCACCACCCUCUUCCGGCUCCUCGAUGACUUCGACACCUAUAGCCGCGAAGUCUCGGGCGGUCAAGAGCCGCCCCGUCCUCCUCGCAUCCAACAUGGCGGCGGUGGCGGCCGUUGGGGUCGCAAGAGUCGGGGUUUCAGCCCGCGCUUCGACAUUCGCGAGACCAAGGAUGCCUACGAGCUGUACGGCGAGGUUCCCGGUGCUGACAGGGACGAUAUCCAUAUCGAACUGACGGAGCCGAAUACCCUCUUGAUCUAUGGGCGAAUUGAGCGGGAAUACGACCCUACUCCUGAGGAAGAAGGUGGCGCGAAGGAGAGCAAGGGAAAGGAGGAUAAAGGAAAGGAGAAGCAGAAGGCCGAGGGCGAAGGCAGUGCCGAGACGGAAGCGGAGAAAAAGGCUGGAGGAAAGAAGGGUGCGAAGAAAGAUGACACAUUUGUUCGCUUCUUCUUGCGGGAACGCCAUGUUGGCGAGUUCGGGCGCGAGUUUGCUUUCCCAGGGCCAUUGGAGGAGUUGGAUAUUGAUGCGACGCUCGAGAAGGGCAUACUCAAGGUCGUGGCACCAAAGCACCAGCCGCAAAAGGGAAGGAAGAUUGAGGUCAAGUGAUGAUAGUGGCAUAUGGAUAUUAGUUUGUGUCCCCAGGGACACUACAGGUACUUAGGGUCCUGGCGCCGAAGCAGACGUCGGCCAAGAAGAGAAAGAUUGAGAUCAAGGAAUGGAAGCGGGAGAUGGAUAUUAGUCCUUCGAUACAAAAGAAAUCAGCCCUUUUGGUGCCCGUCAAGACUCCG